GUCUGCUCCACUCGGUGGGCAGGUCCCCGCAUCGGUUUUCACUCAUCCUACUAAAGGAGGAGUUUCUGUUUAAGCUGGCCUGAAUAAAGUCUCAGAAAUCCUGGAAGUAGACUUUGGUUUGAAGUGAAGGACGAGCUGAAAAGAAGUGGCGACCAUGGCUGUGGCAGGCUGCACAAAAUGCAUCAAAUAUAUGUUAUUUUUCUUUAAUUUUAUUUUCUGGCUGGCCGGAGGUGUGAUCUUAGGAGUGGCCCUGUGGUUACGCCAUGACAGUCAAACCAGCAACCUUCUCAUACUUCAGUUUGAAGGCCAGCAGGCGCCCAGCACCUUUUACAUCAGUGUCUACAUACUGAUUGCCGUCGGUGCUGUCAUGAUGCUUGUGGGCUUCCUCGGAUGUUACGGUGCCAUUCAGGAAUCUCAGUGUCUGCUAGGAACGUUUUUCUUCUUUCUGGUGAUCCUUUUUGCCAGCGAGGUGGCUGCAGCCAUCUGGGGCUUCAUGAAUAAAGACACAAUGUCUAAAGAGCUGAUAAAUUUCUAUGACGCCGCGUACAUCAAGGCUGUGGAUGUCUCUGGGUCGCCGAGUAAAGACGCAGCCGUCAGCGUGCUGGGUGCUUUCCACACCACGCUCAACUGCUGUGGGAAAGGUGAUGACACUACUCUCUUCCAGCAAGUCAGAAACACCUUGUGUCCUGCACAAAUUCUUUCUUCCCCGAUACCAAAGGUACCAACAAAUGUAUUUCCUAAUCCCCUUAAAAGAGUUUACAUUAUGUUUACAACUUUUCAUGUUUAGUUGCAUGCUCUACUG